AUGCCAGGUCUAUUCAAGAUUAUGCAGACUCUACUUUUACUUGGUAUUUUUAUUGCUAAAUUGACUUGGGCAUCAGAGGCACACAAGCAUAAGGGAUGCUUCAGUGCAGAAGAACUGGAGGAUGGAGCUCUUAAGAUCUUGCGCCGAAACCGGUACCUGACAGACGGUCAUAUUGAUGAAACACAGUAUCACAAGCUGGGUACGAAGAAGACCUGCCCUGCUGUGCUUCAUUCACAGUCAGUAGACUACAACAACCGUUCAGUCUCCCCCUGGCGGUACAGUAUCAAUAUCACGGAGGGACGAUUCCCUGAGAAGAUUGUUGUUGCUGAAUGUCUAUGCAAGGGAUGUAUCAUCGUCAAAGGGCCCGGACAUCACAGCGCCGAAUACGAAGAUUAUGGAUAUAACUCUGUGCCGAUAGUGCAAUCCCAGAUGGUUUUGAUAAAGACCGUAUGCCCGAACAACCCAGAAAAAUACUCAUUCACAUCAGACUUUGUCAAAGUGCCCAUUGCCUGCACUUGCGUUAAGGCCAGGACAUAUUAAGUGCCUCUCAUAGAGGAAUUUCUUUAGACAAACUGUAGUGACAUGUUUCACAUUUUGUUGUGUUUGUUUUAAAAUGCACUUAAGUUAUUGAAAGUAUAACACUAUGCUUAUGGAUUGUAAGCUAUCGAGAAUACAUGGAUUUUUACAUGACACUCUUAGAUAAAUUAAUGUAGUAUUUGUGUUGCAAGGUUGUAUUUAUUUGAUGAUCUAUUAACUAUUUAUUAGUCUCGUCUAAACAGACGGGUUUCCUCCCACAAUGUACCAAUGUUCCGGCUGUUGCUCAUAGGUCUGGGUUUCAGAGACUAACUAUUUAUUAAACUAUGUUCUCAAACUAUUUAUUUAUCUAUGAAUUUUGGUGACUUUUGUUCUUCUGUUCCUGUUGUGCCAUCACCAUAAUCAAACAUUUUAGAUAGCUGCCUCUGUUAAAAUUGGAAAUGGUAAAUAUUCGAAUUUUCAGACAUCUGCUAUAAUAAUCGUUUGAUUAGGCUAUUCAUCAGUUUUGAUUUUGACAAUUGUACGUGGGUGAUUUAUAGAAAUGUAGCAUAAUUU